AGGACGCAAAUGUCUUCACAUCACAGACACUCCAGUGGAUUGUAGCAGCAGCCCCGCCGAUGGUUUUGAGAGGGCGUUAAAGGUGCGGGAAGGGAGUGGGACAAUUACAGGAUGAGUGAGCGAUACACCCAGAUCGGAAGUAAAGGGGCUCUACUAGUAAUGGUGCUUGUGAUCAGUGUCUGGGAGAUGACCGUACCAACAGAAGGGGCUACAGCAGCGCAUCAUGUCCGAACAGGCACCUGCGAGGUGGUGGCGUUGCAUCGCUGCUGCAACAAGAACAAAAUCGAGGAGCGGUCGCAAACUGUGAAGUGCUCCUGCUUUCCCGGGCAAGUGGCCGGCACCACCAGGGCCGCCCCGUCAUGUGUAGAUGCCUCCAUAGUGGAGCAGAAGUGGUGGUGUCAGAUGCAUCCGUGCCUUGACGGGGAGGAAUGCAAAGUUCUUCCUGAUCUGAAGGGCUGGAGCUGUGCGACAGGGAACAAGAUCAAAACUACCAAGAUUUCCGCGGACAAAGAGCAGCUUUGGUAACGGCAGAGGCUUCACAGCGGAGUCCAGGUGAACCAACGGUUCUGGUUUUUAUCGGAUCAUCAAAAGAGAAGUAAUGCAAAGGACCUUUUCUGUAAAUAGAGACUCUCUUCUGGACUGCAAUUAAUCUUUGGAAAACUCUGAAUGCUUCUUCUUGAACUGGAUGAACAUCAAGCCCUGAUCAUUCAGCACUUCUUUUUGAAGGACUCCAUAUGAUUAGCCUUACCGGACGACAGGAUUUAUUCUGCGACAUUGUCCUGCUUGUAGUGGAAACCAACGGUGAACCUUGCCUAUGUGUUAAUUUCUAGACUAAUAUGUCCUUUACGGAGGGAUUUGCAUCACAGGUUGACCAGGGUGAACAGCAGGUCAGUUUGCUGUAAGCAUCGCAAAUAUUCAAUACAAAAUGUGAUUUUCUUUAAUCAGUCAAUUGUGGCUUUCUUCUCAAAAACAAUGUGUAGUUCCAAAGGUUCAGAUAUAGAUGAAAAUAUGUGGCUGAGCGGCAGAUAUUCAGGGCGAUUUUCAAAGAAAUGCACAACCAAAUCUCGUAAACCUACUACACAUUGUGCAGACUGCUGAACUGAACCAGCGCUGCAAAAAGUUCAAACUGGUCAAACUAUCAGUCGUUAUCGGACAGAAAGUUACAUCACUCUGCCAUUUCCAGUCGCUUCUGCCAGAUUUUGGUUUUGUGUCACAAGCUCUGGAGCUCAGAUUCUAGACAACAGCAGUGUACAUUAAAACACACAGCAUCUGGUCACUGACAACAAUGUUCCCAAAACGGUUUUUCGACUCAAAGUAUGAUUUGCUGUUCACCUUUCAGUAGGUAUUGCUGACACUUCCUUUGUCUGUGUAAGUGAUGACAUCAGUAAUAAACUAUUGUUGUGUAACUAA